AUGGCCUGUUUUAUCUAUUGCUUUGACAUGUACUGGGUAUGCCCCAUGCUGGUUAUUGUAAGAGUCAUUCCCUUUACUUGCACGCUUUUUGAUGAAUUGAAAUUUUUUUACCUUCCAAAGAAAGUACUGGAGCAGGUAGAAACAAUUGUUUCACCUCCUGAGGUGACUGAAAUGACUGGCCCAGAUGUCAUGGAAGAGAAAUGUGGCUCCGCUGCCAUUCGUUUUGUUGCCUACUUCUCUGACAUUUUCGACUCCAAGGUAGAGGGAAGAAACAAGUAUCUCGAAUUGUUAUUAUCAGUUGCAGAGAAGUUCAAAAAGAGUCCUUACAGCUAUGUUUGGGCGGCUGCAGGUAAACAGCCAGAUCUUGAAAAUCACGUAGGUGUUGGUGGAUAUGGGUAUCCAGCUUUGGUAGCCAUGAAUGUGAAGAAAGGAGCAUACACGUCACUUCGAAGUGCAUUCGAGCGUGACCAGAUUGUAGAAUUUGUAAAAGAAGCUGAAUAUGGAGGGAAGGGCAAUCUGCCUCUAGAGGAACCCCUGUGA